UGAACAUGGAAUUGAGACAGCAUCUGAAAACAGUAACAUACACAAACACAAACUUCCCAUUAACGUGCAGUCUUUGUGGGAUAAAGUUGAAAUCUUUCUUGUCGACUUCCUUCUCUGCUUCAUCAUCUGGUACGAGCAUGCACACUACUCACCUCCUCAGCAAGCCACGUGUUGGAAUGCUCAACCCCAGUUGGCACCUCAAUCCCCUCUUCCUCCAACACCUGUAUUGUAUGGUGCCUCCAUUGAAGACAGUAUAACACCUCUCCGUGUUCUCUCUCUCUGUUCUUCCCUCGUUUGCUCCAUUGCUUUCUUUCUUCCAAUUCUUAGCUCUCCUGCAAGAAGCUGAACUUGAAGAACAGUCAUAUACCCAAUGGGUUCAGAGACUUUCUUGGAAGUUCUGCUUGCAAUCCUCUUGCCCCCAGUUGGAGUCUUCCUUCGCUAUGGCUGUGGAGUGGAGUUUUGGAUAGAUUUGCUGCUGACCAUUCUGGGGUACAUUCCGGGCAUAAUAUACGCACUGUAUGUCUUAGUCGGAUAGCAUCGCAUGUACAUAUAUACAUAUUUACACGCAUGGACGUAUAUCUAUGUCGUGUAGUAGAUGGGGACUCUUCUUUACUUGUGUUAUUAAGAUCAACCUUUUCUUCUGUGGUCUGAUAUGAUAUCAAUAAUGUGAACUGCAUUUAGCAAUUACUCGGUAUUGGAUUAAUUGAAAAGGAAUCGCAUCCUUGUCGA